AUGGCCCCGACCGAAACCAAAUCGUCCGAUAAUUCUUUGUCAGUCAAGUCGGAGGGAGCCGCCAAUAGUCACAACAACGAACCUGGUCGCCCGCUCGCGCCUCCGCCCAAGCCCGGCGAAGAUUACUUCUCGAGUAACUUGAGCCUCGAACCUAAUCCGUUCGAGCAGUCAUUUGGUACGGGUGGCACGGUUGAAACCCCCGGUGGUACCAAGUUGCCCAGUGUGGCGGCCUUAACCUCACCGUCGUCCUUGUUACCCGGGAACGGAAACACGCCGUUCAACUGGGGAGGUGGCUCCCUUAGGACGGGACCGCUCAGUCCAGCGAUGCUUUCUGGCCCGGCGAAUGACUAUUUUGGUGAUACGUCGCAUACCUUGCGCGGUGGUUUUACCCCAAACGAGAGUUCUCUACGGACGGGUCUGACGCCGGGCGGGAGUGGUUCUAUGUUCCCUGCCCCAAGUCCCAGCUCGCAAGCUCUCUUUGCUCAAUUAGCAAGUGGCGCUGCCACUCCUAGCACGCUGGACUUCCAUAGGACCGCUAUGAGUGCAGCUGCGGCGAAGGCAAGCCGCGACAAGCAGCAACCCCAGCCCGCAACCUCCCAGCCGGCGGAGACAAACGGAGCAACAGUUAAGACCGAGACUAAGCCAGCAUCAGGCGCAUUUGAUCCUCAUGAUAAUGAUGCUGCUAAUGGCCUUUUCAUGCUAGCUCAAGGUGCGCAGGGCCGAAAUGGAACUCAAACACAAUAUCCAGUUGGUGGUAACCAGCCGGUUCAUGCUCACCCGGCUCCACCGCCGCCAGCCCAACCCACAGCCACUACUUCUCCUCACAUGAACGGAAAUGGUGCGACGGCAUCUUCCCCCAUGAGAGGAGUUAGCGAGGCGGCCAGUGGUAUUUCGGAAGAGAAUGAAACAAAACCGAGUAACAGAGGAAAGGGGAAACGUGGCGCUGGAGCUGCUGCUACAAACGGACGACGUAAAGCUGAUGAUACAUCUGGCAAGCAGCCUGUUAAUAAGAAGCCUAAGACGGCAUCAUCAAUUAAUAGUAACGACAAUUCUUCGGAUGAAGACGACGACGAGAAAGAUCUUAAUGGUUCUCACCCAAAGUCGAAGAUGACCGACGAGGAAAAGCGAAAGAACUUCCUCGAACGUAAUAGGGUUGCCGCUUUGAAAUGUCGUCAACGUAAGAAGCAAUGGUUGGCCAAUCUACAAAAUAAGGUAGAAAUGUUUAGUAGUGAGAAUGACGCUUUGACGGCGCAAAUUUCUCAGCUGAGGGAAGAAGUUGUGAACCUUAAGACUUUGUUACUCGCUCAUAAGGACUGCCCGGUUACACAGCAACAAGGAUUACACGGAGCAUUUAUGCAACAAGCCAUGGAGACCUACAACCCGCAGAUCAACCCGUACGGCAUGGCAGCACCUAUCCCGAACCAACCUGUGAUGGCAGGACAAGGAGUACAGCGGCGCUUCUCAUAG